UUUGAUAAAAACCGAGGUAUCUCGUACACAUACGUGUUCAUCAUAUGAAAUAUUGAGGAGACUACAUAUGCUUUGAAGUAUGUUCCUCAAAAUUAUCUUUGCACUAUUUUUGGUCGGAACGCCCUCAGCCUUUCAAAUAAGGGACCCAUGCACUUUGUCGUUUUGGAACACACCUGAAAUUGCCACCAAGAACACAUCAUGCUCAUCUGGUAGCAUAUUAUGGAAUUACCCUGAAGGUCGCAUAAGAGUUCAAUUUCUGAACGUUCCAGAUCAAGUUUGUAUCACACGUGGCGUAGCUGCAUAUGGCGACGUCAUUUCAAAUAUUUACUACGAGAAUGGAGAUCGACAUGAGGGACUUCAGUUCAAUGCUGAAGGAAAAGCAUGCAUCACCCCUACAGGAGAAGAGGCAUCAGUCGUAUUCCAGGGACCUACAAGAAUGCGCACUUACAUGGCGUCAUUUGCAUACGAAAUAACGUCAGAAGACCGAAGCAUUGUGGACAGAAUGCAGUCUACGUUCAUCAACAUUUUCCAUACUGCAAUUCGUCCUUUAGGCACGAUUCUCCGAAAAUGGAAUAUCCAAAUCAACAUUGAUCAAAUGUAAAUGAUACAGUUGAUAGGACGAAAUAGUAAAAAAAAAGUAAUGGACCAUUGCAUGUCAUAGAAUUUUUUGUUCCCUACAACAAACGUAUCAACCAUUCCCACGCAAGUUGAAAAUAAACUGCUGACCAUUGUUUAACUUUAUGAACUUCAAUACAGCUCUGAUACUUUUAUCUGAACACACAUAAGUGCUGAAGAGGAGCAUCCUACCAGUCUAAACAGUUUAUAAAUGACAAUUCAACUGCACUAUUACAUGUGUGUGGUGUAUUUCACCAACGGGACAAACUAUACCUUUAUCCAACACCUGUUGGAUAAAGGUACAUUCGGUUGUUACAUUCAAGUAAUAUCAUGAAGUUUAAAACAGUGGCAUGAACAGAAUCAAAAGUAAAUGGUACAGAUAAAUAUAGCACCAUCCAUGA